AUGUCCGCGGUGGGUGCACCGGAUGCGAUGAAAACCUUCAUGCUGAGGUCCAGCACUCCGGCUUCAAGUGAAAAAGUGCUGCUGUAUCUCGAGGGUAUGCAGAAAGCUCCACCGGAUGAAGAGGAUAGGGCUAGCGUCCGGUCUAGUGGCAGGAUGCGUAGCCCCCUUUCCAAAGCCAGUGCCUCAACCAACGGUCGCAGGCUGGAGGAACUGGCAGAGGAGGAUGCCGGUUACGAGGAGCACAGGAAUGGGGGCAUCGAGAUUAGGUCAGACGUGCAAGAAGCCAACGGCUCGGACAUUGCCCGCACGAUUCCCAUCCACACCACUGGUCUCCCCGAGCACGAGCCCGGUCCUGAUGAUCCCCCUGGUCCCCACUUCGAAUCCUAUGGAUCGUCGUUCGGCAACUUCGGACCUUUGCCCCCUGGCCCUGCUCCUUGGAACAAUGGUCAGACGAACGCUCCCCUUUCUCCUAUCGACACAGCUUCAUUUACGUCCAGCCAUCCCAACCCGUUCCAGCAAUUCGGGAUGACACCAGCUACGGCCGCAGGAGUCCCACUGCCAGCAUCUGUGGCGUCGCCCUCCGUUCACACGCGACCUAUCUCUACCAAGGCGCAGUCUGUUGCCGACGCUGGUGCAAACGGGGCGAACGGGGCGAACGGGAUCAGGUCUCCUAAAGCACAAUCACGCGUUCUUUCUCCAGCUCGGACGGGGGGCGAAAGACCCUGGUCGCCGCGCUCCGUUGCAUCUCAUGGUCAGUCCCUGAAGUCGCGCAACACCCAGAAGACGCAACGCACCGUCUACCCGCCUCUGCCUGAGUCGAUGAUGGAGGAGACUGCUUCGCAACGACCGCCGUCCCCCCAGCGCUCGAUUGCGCCGUCAGAAUCAGCUUCUCAGAUGACAAAAUCGAGGUACAGAGCACCUACCACCAAGGAGCCCUCUCAGAAAGCACGUUCGGUCAGAAGCACCACCGAGGUCAAUGCUAUCCCGCAGCAAGGAACUGCGGCUGAGUACUACGCAGAAGUAAGGUCACAACGGGAUGGACGCUCGCAGGCGCCGAUGUCGCAGGGACCGAUGUCGCAGGUAGCCAUGUCGCAAGGACCAAUAUCGCAGGCAGCCAUGUCUCCUCGCAGCUAUACGAGUCAGGUUCCUCCCCUCAGGACUGCCGCUACAAAUGAGGAGCUGCAGCGUGCCGCUGCCGCUGCUUUGUCCCCCACGCGGUCGAAACGUUCCAACCACGAUCCAGAAGCCACCCCAACUCCAUCGCGCCCCACAUCUCCCGUGAUGGAUCUAGACGCGGACGAACAAAGGAUGGUCCAUGACUUGCUGAGUAGGCCCUCGCGUUCCCGCACAUCAUUUGCUCUGUCCACCAUGGCGCCAUCCGCGUUGGAACCUGAGAUACAGAACUCGCACUUCCACGACAUGGAACUGUGCCAGCUGCUUCAUGCGCUGGAUCAGCCCAUGGGUGAGCCUGUCAAGAAAGCCGUGAGGAAGGCUGUAAGGACACGAGUGAAGAAGCUGGGCAUGAAGUACGAUAACGAAUCUAUUAAGCAGUACCGUAAAUCUUACCACGACCAUGACCCUAGCGUGCACCUCAAUGCCGCCCUCAACGCUAUUGCUCCUAGCUCGAGACGUUCCACUCAGCUGGGCGCAUCGCAGGAGCCGCCCGAAUGGGCCAAGGACCUUAUCGACGGCAUGAUCAACAUGCGUGAACGUCUUGACAUUCUCGCGCCCAAGAUUGAGAAAAGCCUUCGUUCCUCCCGCGGCGAUUCCUACGUCGCAGAAUCCCGUGGCUAUCUCAAUGGUCACCACCAUCAUCACUAUUCCCACUCUGAGAUGAAUGGAGGUUAUACUCAGAGUCCGAUGACCCAGACGGUCAACAUCCACACCCAACCCAGCGGAACGAUGGGUGAUGACUCCAUGUUCCAGCCCGGAGAAACUGAGCUCCUACGCGAGUCGACCAAUUUGCACACUCUGCCUGGCUCCAUGCAUCAUCACGAUGGAUCCGUCCGCGGGGCAAUUCCUGAGGAGGAUAUGUACGAGGAUGAGGACGAUUUGCACCUCCAUGAUGGAGACCCGCGCGGCAUGGGCAGCCGUAGCGAUUACAUGCCUACUCGUGCUGAGUCUCCCGGACAGCAAUAUCUUGAGGAAGAGCUGUACAAGCUCAGGGUGAAGCCGACGGGUAGCCAGUCUGGGGCUACGCACAAGACUUGGGAGGUGGCGCGGGAUGAUGGCGAGGACUACGACGAUGAAGAUGUACAGGCUGCCGUAACAGAGUCAGGCAUGCCCGAGAUUCCUGACACGAACACGGGAGUCUAUACGGAUCGCCGAGCCUCCCCGCCGCUCCCGCCCAUACCUCACGACUCUCGCGCCGAUAUCGUCAUGCCAGAGCCGCAGGUGUGGCAGCCGGGCGACUACAGCACCGAACCUCCUCUUCCUCCGCCGUGGCAGCGUGUUCACCAGCGACUGCUCAGCUGGGCUAUUGUAUGGCCUAUGGCUGAGCUCGACAACGCGCUGAACAGCACGACACGCGGGAUGCAGGUGGACGAGGUUGCGUUGAGUAUCUGGUCUACGCAGACGUACAAGCGUUAUGUUAGGGCCAAAAUGACGGACACUCCUCGCGGACGCGUUGACCGUCUGUUCGUGCCGCCGAACAUGGCGGAUGCGAUCAGUACUGCUGUAUAUAAUGGUCGCCACGGGGAUGCUUGUGGAAUGCUGAGAGACCUGUGGGCUCCUUUCGGUCUUGAGGGCAUUCCGAGGCUCUUGGUCGUACUGGCGAAGCACCGCAACGAUGAGAACCACUGGGUCGUCCAUCGCUUCUCUCUUCCUGAUGGGUCAUUAACCACUUAUGAUACAUUCCCGGAGCGGUGUCUGCCGGACGGUCGCCCUCUGGGGUGGUGGUUCGCUAUCCGCAUCGCCUGGCCCGAUGCUAUCUACCCCAGCCCAGACCAUCUCAUGCAGAAGAUGGUUCGCCUUCACCGUCCGUUGCAGCUUCCGAUCGAUAAUUCGGUGGCUGCGGCCGGUAUCUGGCGCAAUCUCCUCAUGGGCUCGCGAGCUGAACGCAGUCUUGACUUGGAGCGUCUGCGGGACCUGAUGAACACGGAGGUGAAGAACCUGAGGCAGCGAAAAGUGAUGGGCAAGCUGUCCAUCGGUUCGCCGAAGCCUAACUGGGAAGACAUGCACUAA